UCCUGUUGUUUCCGCAAGGCAUGAUGGAUGUUGUAGUUUCUCUCCCUCUGUAGCAUUUGAUCGGUUGCUGGUUGGCAGUUCGGAGUGGACAUCGCACAUCAGGAGGAAGUUUAAAAGAACGUUGCCAUAGCUGGUGUGAAACAUGAGAAUAGCAGGAGCUAUAAAAUUUGUUGUAGCAGUAGCAGCCUUUUUACUCACCUUUUAUGUGAUAUCCCAAGUAUUUGAUCUUAAAAUGGAUUCCAAUUUAGGAAAAUUUUUGGCUCGAUCAGCCCUGGAUAAUGUGGCACAUCCCACUACUAAGGCUCCGAGAUAUAGAUGUGGAAUUUCAAAGAUUUGUCCAGAGAAGCAUUUUGCCUUUAAGAUUGCAAGUGGAGCAGCUAAUGUGGUUGGGCCGAAGAUUUGUUUGGAUGAUAAUGUAUUAAUGAGCGGUGUGAAGAACAAUGUUGGUCGUGGCAUAAACACUGCUCUAGUGAAUGGGAAAACAGGAGAGCUGAUAGAAACCAAGUAUUAUGAUCUCUGGGGAGGAGAUGUAGCACCUUUUAUUGAAUUUAUUAAGAAAAUUCAAGAUGGAACAAUAGUGUUAAUGGCAACGUAUGAUGAUGGAGCAUCAAAACUCAAUGAUGAAGCACGGAAAAUAAUUUCAGAGCUUGGAAGUUCAGCUAUCACUUCUUUAGCUUUCAGAGAUAACUGGGUGUUUGUCGGUGGAAAAGGUAUUAAGACCAAAAGUCCAUUUGAACAGCACAUCAAGAAUAAUAAAGACACAAACAAAUACGAAGGCUGGCCAGAGGUGGUGGAAAUGGAAGGCUGCAUUCCUCAGAAACAGGCUGAGUGAAUGAAGCUGGUAGAACACUUCAAUAAUGGACUUGAAUCAAAUGCAUCUCAGAAAACUUGUACUUUUGGUAUACUGAAAGAUUUCAUCAGUCAUUGUUGAUGUGAGCAUGAGUCUACACUCUUGAGUGUGAGAAACGUAUUUAUUGUUGAACUAAAUAGGUAUUUUUGUAAAGACUUAUAACUAUAGAAGACGAAGAAAGAAUAGUUCAGAAUAUGUGCGUUAUCCAGGCUGUGGUGCACAGCCGAAUGAACUGUUAUGCAAGUCAUGGAACUGUCGCAGUGGCACUAUUCAUUUUUCUUUUGAAAAGUAGCUUUUUUUUUUCCGUUGGGAUAUAUACCACCAAAGAUUUUGAGGGUUUUUUUUUUUAAUUUUUAUUUUACUUUUAAUAGAAUUACCCUUGUUUGCACCAUAGCUGUUUAAUAAGCAUUUGUUUUUGUAUUUGAGUAGAAUUUUAACAAACCGGUCUCUGUCUACUGGUUUUUCUCCCCCCCCAUGCCUAUUAUACAGGACCACUUUACUAAUGAGGGUUUCUAGUAAAUGG